UCUUACAGAACUGCAACCACCGCCUCUCGACUACCACUGCUACUCUAUUUCUCUUUCUCUCUCUCUGUCUGUCCCCCGAUUCCCAUCCCCUCUUCUCUUUUCUUCCCCACUCAAGAAUUUCCCCCCACUCACUGUGAAAAGGAGACACUUUUACUUUUUGAACACCUCGCCGUCCGACUCCCAAGACGCCAAUUUGGCUUUCUUGUCGUCUUGUUUCUGAUUUUCCCCGUGGUGCAGCAGUGGGCAAUGUCCACAUACUCUCCUUCCUCCACUGGCGUGCCCGUCAUGUUUGAUCCACCGGCCUACCCGUCUAUCUUCCGUGCCGGAGCGGAGAUCCCCCCGUUCUACCUGAAAUAUCGCUGGUGGGAAGAUGAGGCCAUGACCAUGCUGUGGGCCUUUGACAUCCAAGAGAUCAAGCGGGCGAUCCGCUUCGGCCUCUUCCGAGACGAGAGUCUCCCGCGAACCGCCUUCCAGAACCGCAACGCCAGUGCCAUUGACACCUUCUUGUCGGAGCUGGUCGAGCCCCAUGAGAGGGCCUUCAUCGGCAACCUCUCACAUAUCCAGAAGGUGGAGGAGAUCGUGCGACGAUGCCGAACAGCAGACCCUGCGCUGGCAACGUGGAGUUGGUUUCCCGCGCAAGGGAACCGGAACAUGACUGCGAUCGGGAUCGCCGAAGACCUCGACCAUGAGAGCCAUCUGCAUUUCACCAGGAUCCCCUUCGAGGAGCUGGUGCGCUACUCGCUGGGCUACUCGGCCCCCUCGGUGGAGUGGUUUCUGCAACAGCAUACCGCGUUGCAUAUUCACUUGCUGCACCAUCUUCAGGCUUUCCCGGAGGAAGUAUCACUGUAUGUCGAGGUGGAACAGCAUCUUCGCAGCCGGAGCCCCUUUGCCCUUCGGGCUGUGACGGCUUGUCUGCGUGCUCUUCGAGGCGGUCAUAUCGCGGCGAGUCCCACGACCCCAGCUUUCGAGUUCAUCGCCGGUCCGAUCCAGGAGUUGUUCAAGGAGAUCUCGCCCAGCUUGAAAUCCAUUCUGAAAGUGCUAUGCGUCUCCGCCGUGCGUUACAAGCAGGCUUACGUGCAUACGCGACACAUGAACUGGACUCGACCCUUCAAGCUCAACUUGGCGUUCUUGGACGAUCUGACGGCAUCGACCUCGCCGCUGGACUUUGCCCGUACGAUGGCCCAUAUCGAUGAAGGGUAUCUCACGGGGCUCUCGCAGAAAAGCUUCGUGGAGCCCGGGCCGGUGGUCAAGCGGGUAUUCACAGAAUGGGAGCUAUUAAGCAUAGCGGUGUGGGAGUGUUGUACAGCGCUUCCGGAACUGGUGGGCUACAUCCAGGAAUGUGUACAGGCUCUACUGAUGGUUCGGAACUACCACUCCCUCACAGCUAUUAUCGAUGGCCUUCGAAAGUACAGCAUCAGCACAUCCACUAUUGUUUCUUCCUCCCAUGUAGCCUCUUUCAUGCUCCCUUCCGACUUCGAUAAUCUGUUGGACCCUUCUGAAAACUUCGUCACCUAUCGACAAGCAUUUACCACCAACCCGGGCGUGCCCUUCCUCGUCCCGCAUAUCCGCGAAUACCAGCAACAUGGCCAACCGGCCUUACAGCAGCUCUUCCAGCACAUGCGGCCGUCUCCUCUGCGCCAAUGACCAAUCCGAGCGCAGGCACGCUCCAGAAACAACAGCGAAGACAGUCCGGCCACCAUAUGCUGAACACAGGAACACAAUAACAGCGGAAUGGAAUGCAAUACGGUGGCGUUCUCGUUAUGCUAGGCCAACUGAGUCUUACGACCGAUCGUCUCAUAGGACA